CCUCCCCCUGCCGGCUGCGGGCGGGCGCCGGGAGCCGCCGGAGUUUCGGCGCCCGGGAGGGAGAUGCGGCCGCGGCGCGGUGUCCUUGCAGAUUUCUCACCAGCAUGAUGCUGGGGCGAGAGGCUGGCACCCACAGUUUUCAGAAUGGCUGAGCUGGACGCUGACUUGGACCACAUCAUUCCGUCUUCCCUACUUCCCCCCGUCUGGGCUAAGUUAGUAGUGGGAUUUGUUUCCCUCCUGUGUUUUGCACGGAGCUACGAUGGAGACUUUGUCUUUGACGACUCGGAAGCUAUUGUUAACAAUAAGGACCUCCGAGCAGAAACGCCCCUGGCCGACCUCUGGCUUCAUGACUUCUGGGGCAGCCGACUGAGCAGCAACACCAGCCACAAGUCCUACCGGCCCCUGGCCGUCCUGACGUUCCGGUUGAACUACUAUCUGUCCGGAGGCUUCUACCCCGUGGGUUUCCACGUGGUCAACAUCUGCCUGCAUGGUGGCAUCUCUGUCCUCAUGGUGGACGUCUUCUCCGUGCUGUUUGGUGGCCUGCAGUUCACCAGCAAGGGCCGGAGGGUGCACCUGGCCCCCAGGGCCUCCCUGCUGGCCGCACUGCUGUUUGCUGUCCAUCCGGUGCACACCGAGUGCGUUGCUGGUGUCGUCGGCCGCGCAGACCUGCUGUGCGCCCUCUUCUUUCUGUUGUCUUUCCUCGGCUACUGUAGAGCGUUCAGAGAAAGCAGCAAAGAGGGGACACAUUCUUCUACGUUCUGGGUGUUGCUGAGUAUCUUUCUGGGAGCUGUGGCCAUGCUGUGCAAGGAGCAAGGGAUCACCGUGCUGGGUUUGAAUGCGGUGUUUGACAUCUUGGUGAUCGGCAAGUUCAAUGUCCUAGAAAUUGUCCACAAGGUACUGCAUAAGGACAAGUCGUUAGGGAGCGUCAGCGUGCUCAGGAACGGGGCCCUGCUCUUCCGCAUGGUGCUGCUCAUCUCUGGAGGGGCCACCGUGCUCUACGUGCGCUGGAAAAUCAUGGGCACGGGCCCGCCCGCCUUCACCGAGGUGGACAAUCCGGCCUCCUUUGCCGACAGUGCGUGGGUCAGGGCCAUAAACUAUAAUUACUACUAUUCUUUGAAUGCCUGGCUGCUGCUGUGUCCCUGGUGGCUGUGUUUUGAUUGGUCAAUGGGCUGCAUCCCCCUCAUUAAGUCCUUCGGCGACUGGAGGGUAAUUGCGCUGGCUGCACUCUGGCUCUGCCUAAUUGGCCUGAUACACCAAGCCCUGUGCUCUGAAGACAGCCACAAGAGAAGGAUCCUCACCCUGGGCCUGGGGUUUCUCGUCAUCCCGUUCCUGCCUGCGAGUAACCUGUUCUUCCGCGUGGGCUUCGUGGUUGCAGAGCGGGUCCUCUACCUCCCCAGCGUGGGCUACUGCGUGCUGCUGACCUGCGGCUUUGCAGCCCUGAGCAGGCAGACCAAGAAAAAGAAACUCAUUGCUGCCGUGGUCCUGGGGAUUUUGGCCACCAACGUGCUGCGGUGUGUGACCCGAAGCAGCGAGUGGCGCAGUGAGGAUCAGCUUUUCGGAAGUGCCCUGUCCGUGUGUCCCCUCAACGCCAAGGUUUCCUGGGAGAGAAAGUCCUGCUUUCUGUCUUUCCAGGUGGGAGAAACUGAGGCAUUGAAGGUUCACUACAAUAUUGGCAAAAACCUGGCCGACAAAGGCAACCAAACUGCUGCUAUCAGAUAUUACCGGGAAGCUGUCAGGUUAAACCCCAAGUAUGUUCAUGCCAUGAAUAAUCUUGGAAAUAUCUUGAAAGAGAGGAAUGAGCUCCAGGAAGCUGAGGAGCUGCUGUCCUUGGCCGUGCAGAUACAGCCAGACUUUGCUGCCGCGUGGAUGAACUUGGGCAUCGUACAGAACAGCCUGAAACGGUUCGAGGCUGCCGAACAGAGUUACCGGACAGCAAUUAAACACAGAAGGAAAUACCCAGACUGUUACUACAACCUCGGGCGCCUGUACGCGGAUCUCAAUCGUCACGUGGACGCACUGAAUGCCUGGAGGAACGCCACCGUGCUGAAGCCCGAACACAGCUUGGCCUGGAACAACAUGAUCAUCCUCCUGGACAGCACAGGUAAUUUAGCCCAAGCUGAAGCAGUUGGAAGAGAGGCACUGGAAUUAAUCCCUAACGACCACUCUCUUAUGUUCUCCUUGGCCAACGUGCUGGGCAAGGCGCAGAAAUACAAGGAAUCUGAAGCUUUAUUCCUCAAGGCAAUUAAGGCAAAUCCAAAUGCUGCAAAUUACCAUGGUAAUUUGGCUGUGCUGUAUCAUCGCUGGGGACACCUCAGCUUAGCCAAGAAACACUACGAAAUCUCCCUGCAGCUCGACCCUGGGGCAGCGGGAACUAAGGAGAAUUACAGCCUCCUAAGAAGAAAGCUAGAACAAAUGCAGAAGAAAGAUGUCUGACCCCAGCCCUCCGUCUUUUGAGUUUGUGUGCAUGAGACAUCUUGUUAACAUGAUGGAAAAUCUUAGACGUGUUUAUUUUAUUGGAUUUUUUUUUCUAUGAAAACAGAGACAUGCAAAAAGAUUAAAGCACCAGCAAUAUACUCUCGAAUGCCUGAUACGGUUUUUGCAUUGAAAUUGUAUUUUUUCAGACAACUUCAAACGUAAUUCUAAAAUGCCAAAACAUGAACGUUUUUUAAUUAAACAGAAAAAGAGAAAAAAGCAUCUUGAGUGACUCUUAGUAAAACGAAACCUGCGUUUGGGAUGUGAGUCUUGUCGUCCAUGUAUUAGCACUGUUAUACCAUGGUCAUGACGGAGAAAUGAAACACUGACUCCUAGAAUUGAUAUCAGUAUCAAGUAUGUCUGUAUAUUAGCAUUUUUAUUUAAUGACAAAAACGUAAAAUAAGAUUUUUGAUUUUUAAAAAUUUUUUUUAUAACAGUAUACUAUGAACUUCAUUUGUAAGCAGAUAUUUAUUUGUAUUUUUAUGUGUUGACACAGGGCAAAUAGGUGACUGAAGAAAUUUUAACGUCUAGCAUUUCUGUUCCCCCAAAGAAAGAAGUCAACUCCUGUACCAUCUAUUAUUUUGUAUCCUCGUUUCUGCGGUUGCAGUUCAUGGGAGAGUAUGUAAUGUUCUACAUAAAUUGUCACUGUCACUAAAAAUUCCAGCCGUGCUUCAGGCAAGAGCAGGCAACCUGACAUCCUUGUUGUUUGUUAUACUUGCUGCUAAGAGGGCUACACAAAUAUGUAAGUUGCUUUUUGGUAUUUUUAACUGCAAAGCAAUUUUUCAUUUUGCUUAGUCGAUAUUACUGUACCUAGCAAAUGCCAGAGGUCAGUUUUCUCUCAGAAGGAGCCACAUUUGGGAAGUCACUGGUAUUUUAAGCCUUGAGUUAUUCUCGUUUUAUUUGAUCAGAAUAAAACAACCUUUUGUUUUAUUUAA